AUGGGCCUGAAGGACCAUGUGGAAAAUGAAGCAGGCCACAUCCUCGACCUGGGGUCGGAUUUGGAGUACCUCCACGUAGAAGGGGCCGACCGCCAGGCUGGCAGCGCCACCGGGCCCCCUGCUAUGGAGGAGCAGGGGGAGAACUCCGGAAACAGCAGCGCUGCCAGCUCCUCCCCUCCCAGGGAGGCGGAGGAGAACGCCGGGUCCGAAGCCAAAUUCGAGUCCCAGGUGAGCUCCGACGCCACCGUCGUUACGGGCCUGGACCCAGAGGUCGGAGAGGGUGAGUUGGUGCAGAGUAAGAACACCCACCAGCCGCUCUGUCGGACCCAGUGUGUGGACUUGGGGACUGAGGGUCCUCCCGAGCUGCCGUCUGAAGAGCCAUGUGAGCCCGUGCAUGAUACUCCCUCUAGUCCCCCAUCCAAGUGCACAUCAGAGCCCCCACCCGACGCUUCUCCAUCAGAGCCUGAAUCCCAGGUUGGGUCCGGGGAAGCGCCAGGGACCGAGUCCAUAGUGAAGGAGUACCAGGCAAAGCUGGAGUUUGCCCUGAAGCUGGGCUACUCUGAGGAGACUGUGCGACUUGUGUUGUCCAAAAUGGGCCCGGACACCCUCAUCAAUGACUUACUGGGGGAGCUGGUCAAACUCGGCACCAAGUCAGACAGUGAGUCGUCAGCUGGAUCCACAGCGUCUACCUCAUCCUCCUCAUCCUCCUCUUCCUCCUCUUGUGUUUGCUCUGAUUCACUGGAGGGCCAGCGGUCAGACUCGCCCUGUCCAGGAGACUCUCUGUGCGACCAGGACAACUUGCGCCCCAUAGUGGUGGAUGGAAGUAACGUAGCUAUGAGCCAUGGCAAUAAGGAGGUUUUCUCCUGCCAUGGCAUCCAGCUGGCUGUUGAUUGGUUCCUGGAGCGCGGUCACCAUGACAUCACGGUGUUCGUGCCAGCAUGGAGGAAAGAGCAGUCACGUCCAGACGCCCCCAUAACAGACCAGGAGAUCCUGCGUCGCCUGGAGAAGGAGAAGAUCCUGGUGUUCACCCCAUCGCGACGCGUCCAGGGCCGCCGUGUGGUCUGCUACGACGACCGCUUCAUUGUCAAGCUGGCCUACGAGUCGGACGGCAUCAUCGUGUCCAACGACAACUACCGCGAUCUGGCCAACGAGAAGCCCGAGUGGAAGAAGUUCAUCGACGAGAGGCUGCUAAUGUACUCCUUCGUCAAUGACAAAUUCAUGCCCCCAGACGACCCGCUCGGCCGCCAUGGCCCAAGCCUGGACAACUUCCUGAGGAAAAGACCCGUCAUGCCCGAGCAGAAGAAGCAGCCUUGCCCAUACGGAAAAAAGUGCACUUACGGCCACAAGUGUAAAUAUUACCACCCCGAGAGGAGCGCUCAGCCCCAGCGGGCCGUGGCAGACGAGCUGCGCGCCAGUGCCAAGACCUGCGUCACCGCCAAGAACCAGGCUGAUGGGGGCCUGGUGAAGAGCCACAGUGUGCCAGCCGGCACCGUUGACGCCAAAAAGGGCGCCCCGAAAAGACAGUCAGAUCCGAGCAUCCGCGCUCUGUCGUACAGCGACGCUGAGGAGAAGCUGUUGGCUAAAGGAAGAGGGGAGGUCAACAAGAGCUGCAGCGGUGGCACUAGUAGUAGUAGUAGUUGUAGCAACAGUAGUAGUAAUAGUAGUGGCAGCGGGAGUAUAACCAUGUCUCCCGCCCCAGGAGGCCCCCCAUCUGGCCUCAGCCUGCCCCAGGACCAGCUGAUCAGAGCGGCCACUCCACACGGGCUCCUACCAGCCCCUGGCCAUGACCUUUACCCUCACUGUGAGUCCCCAGAUCUGAGCUACUACUCAGUAGCGCGUGCCUACUCUGGCCUGAGCCUCUCCACCCGACGGAGCCCCGACUGUCGCUUCCCCAAUGACACAGACCUGCGGCUGGGCUCGAUGGGCUCAGCAGGCUCUGACUGCGGCAGUGAGGGAAGUAUCAGCUGCAGUAGCAGCUGCGACUUGUAUAGCGAGAGGGCGUGCCCCGGAUGCCCCACUGACGCUUUGUUGGAGGAUGGUCUCCAUUACACUAACCACCACAGCCGGCUGUAUCCCCAUCACGCCACAGGCGCUCAUGAUGCCCGGGGUCUUCACCCUGCCGAUUACGCCAGCAUCCAACAAAGCCACGCAUCCAGCCCCGGAGUACACGGCUACCACCUGAGCAUGGCCUGCGGGCAAAGCUGCGGCCAUGAUCAGCCCUCAGACGCUCUCCCGAAACGGCCCCUAUACCCCUUGCCCCCUCACCUCCAGCACCAGCCAUUGGCUGCCCGCUCUAGCUGCCCGGGGGACUACCACUCCCUGCCUCAGACCAACCCCCACCCCCCAGGGUCCCCACUGGGUCGCUGCCUGGCCCCGACACGAGCAGAGAGCGUGUCGGACUCGCAUCUGUAUGAACACCUCUCCAGCCCCCACCACCGCCUCCACCAACGACAGAAGGCUUUGUGCAGCUGGGACUCGUACUACAGGCAGGCCCCAUCGCAGCAGUCCAGAUACGAACCGUCUGCCUACCAGAGUUUACCGGACACACGCCAGUCAUCCUGGCCCGCCCCCCACUGGGCACAGGACCGCUAUGCCCAACACCACUCCUCCCACCCUGCCCUCCACCCCUCCCCAACACACUACCUCAACCUCCCGCCACCCCCAGACCACUCCCAUCUGCCCACCACGUCGCUCUCCCCUUACCCGCCCCCGGCCACUCACCUCACACUGCCCCCAUCUCAUGCCCCACCCACUUCCUAUAUGCUCCACCACUCCGAAUCCCCUGCGCAUUCUCAUUACGGCAACAUGAGGGAGAAGGUGUUUGUCAACCUGUGCAACAUCUUCCCCUCGGAGCUGGUGAGCCGGGUGAUGGCCAGGAGCCCCCAUGUCUCAGACCCUCAGCAGCUGGCAGCUGCCAUAUUGGCAGAAAAAGCCCAGACUGGCUACUGA